AACAUCUUUCCCGAAUUUUCAUGCUAUCUACUGGCCAACGUAAUGCAGCACAAGCCAAAUUCAGCGUGUUAAUUGGUCUGAACGCUAUGAUCAACAUGUUAUAGACAACCAGAGUAAUGCCUGACAAUGAUAGACUUCAUCGCUAGAAUUUAAACGCAGGAGUUAGUUUAAUUCAACUGGGAUACCGGUGUAACUGGGGAAAGAAAUAGCAACUGUAGACCUCCUCAAAGCAGGAGUCCUAACGGAGAAAGCUCGUAUAUAUCUGAGUGAAAAUUGCCAAGAUAUACGGCCGUGUUCAUUGACUAAAAGUUCGUAUAAACCACGGCUUGUUCUUGAAGAUGGAAAAAUAUGAAAAGUGCGACACGCCACCGAGCCCGCAAUACGACAUGUACACGGCAGAAUACAUCCGUACCAUCUUUUCCCUCUUCCAUCCCUCCCAAUCCUACCGAUAUUCCCCAAAUGACAUGAGCACUCGCUAUUUUCCUGGAUGGAAAAGUCAGGUGUUACACGCAGAACCGGAUUUUCAAGUACGCCAAAAUGCCGUUCGAAAUUACUUCAACCUCCGACAAGCCUAUGCUCAGAAUUCCUCGCUGCAUCCGUUCGAAACGUUGAGAAAUUUGCCCAGGCAUCGGCGCACAAUCAGAGGCUAUAAUCUUGCGCAUAAACGGCGUCUGCAGUCGAGAACACCCGACUACCAGGAACUCAAUCGAACUCGUCCCAGUGUCAUUAGACGCAGCAUUGAAAACGGAAACGGCAGGAAAUUUUCCGCCCCAAGAGAAGCCAUCUUGCAACCAAGUUAUGAAAGUGACCAGGAAAUGUACCCUGGACCCAUUAUACCAUUUACUCCUACUCGUCGACAUUCUGAAACACCCGUUAUCCACAAUGAUCCAGGGUUACCCCCAAAAGUUCCCCAGGUUAUCCAACGUGGUCCACGGUUGCCCCCAAAAGAUCAACAGAUUAUCCACAGAGAUCCGCUGUUGUCGAUAAAAGCUCAACAGAUUAUCCACAGAGGUCCACAGUCUGAACACAGCAUAUCCCAUGUAAUCCCGAACAAUCAUUCAGUGGACCACAACAGGACACAUUUUUUACCCAAGUAUCCAGAACCAGGACAUCCAACAUCAUCAAAUAAGGUGAUACAGAAUAUCGUUGUGCACGAGGAACCAGAUGCUCACUUCAUCAGAUCAAGGAAUACCAGAAUCUAUUAUGAAGAUCCGAAGAAAAGGGCAUCCGACUUUCCUGUUGACGAUGUAAUACCAAAUACAGCUAUCGACAAUGACGAGGACUUGACGCGGCCCAACACUGGACGAAAUGUCAAAACUGGACCGCGAAAUGUCAAAACUGGAGAUGCAAGCUCACCAUCCCUUACCAUGAAUUCCGAGGGUAUGCAAGAAGACACCAGCAUACCCAAACCCCCCACACAGUUGAAUGAAGAAAUUCCUGUCACAAACUCGAAUUCGACACGUUUUUUGGACGAGAAUACUGUGUCCGAGGCCACAAACACGGCAAAACCCGAUCAGAAACAUUCCGAAAACCUCCAAAACGGUAAAAAAGAUAAGAAAUACAAGUUCUGUUGUUUCUACUGUAAAAAGAAAUUUAGAUGGUUUUCGCAUUGGCAAGCUCACGAGCGCAUACACACUGGGGUUAGACCAUACAAAUGUACCCAGUGUGAACGCUGUUUCACACGUGGUGAUGGACUGCAGGCUCACAUGGUGAUUCACAGCACAAAGCAGGCUCAUAAAUGUAGCAGCUGUUCAAAGGUGUUUUCACGAAAGGCCAUGUUGGAUAGGCACAUUUUGGAACACACGGGAAUUAUUCCGUACAAGUGUGAAAUUUGCGACGUGGAAGUACUGGACCCAGAAACGAUCGAGGAACAUUUGAACAAGCACCCGGGUCAGAAGAAAUUCGCUUGUCAGUAUUGUAAGAGAUGUUUUCUCAAUGGACGAAGAUUGGUCAGGCAUAUCAGAGCUCAUACUGGUGAGAAACCGUUUCCAUGUGCUCAAUGCAAGAUGAGAUUCAGCAAGAAAAGUGCGCUGCUGAUUCACCACCGAGUCCACUCCGGAGUGAAACCAUUUCGCUGUCCGGAUUGCGGCAAGGCCUUCUCGAUAUCAGGAAAUUUACGACGCCAUUUACUCAUCCACACGGGAGAACGACCAUUUCCUUGCACAAAGUGUAAGAGAAAGUUUAAUAACAAGAGUCACCUUGCCAGGCACCUGUCAACCCAGCAUUAGAGCGAGCCCUUGGUCAAUCAAAACUGUACUGUUUUGGUAACCAGGGAAACGUCAUGUACGCACUGCUGAAAUGCAGGCUAAUUUCACACCACGACUAAACAGAUUAGAGCAAAUUGCCAAGAUACUAAGCAAUUAAACUGCACAUGUAAUAUCCAUUGUCCAACAGAAGAGAUCUAAACGCUAUUGCACACAGGGACACUUGUUUUAAACUAGUUGACACACAGAAUUAUAGACCUAGUACGAGGGGUUAGAAAUUAUGCAAACCAUAAAAUACAGUAUGUUAAAAGGCUCAGGGAGAUCAUUAUUUUUGGGAUUUACAACAAGCAUAAUUUGUCGCCUAUAAUGAAACACUCAUAGACAAAUAGUACAAUCGUAUUUAACAUUGCUGCUCACCUAGAGGGAAAAAUUUUUAAAGUGGGAUGAAAAUAAAAUUGACAUUGUAAAGUGAAUGGACAAGCUUUCUCAAAAUAAGAAACACAACUUCGGCUUUACCAUUGAAGACCUUUCUCCAAAAGUUGAUAAGCAUUUGGACCAAGGAUCUUCACUUUAAACUUUUAAAUUAUUUUUACAUUUAACUCAAGCAGUUAAUAGCAUUAAUCUAAAGUUCAUAUCUGUUUACAAUAUAUUGGCCAGGUUUACUGGUUAGUCAACUUGGUUAUGAAACACAGGCAUAGUGCUGUAAUGAUAUAUUGUAGUGUAUAAAUUAGGAGCAGCAGUGUACUCUUUGGAAGUUUCUUAGUUGUAAAUUUUGAAAUUAAAUAAACCUUUG